CGUAAACAUUGCGACUUCAGCGCUGUUGCUUGCGCCCCUACACACGCCUUGUACCUUGGCUUUACAGCUCCAUCGCUCUGCUUCUUGUCUUCAAAGUACUUGCCGCCUUUUUUUCUGCAUCGCCUUAGUCGACUGCGCCGCCGGCUCUUGAUCUGCCACUGUGCAUCGCCGACGAGACCGAGUGCAACUCUCCAGUCUCCAAACCACCACCAUCACACCCCGCCCAACAACACCCAGCCGGCAACCGUUCAAUUCAGCCCGCCCACGUUUCGCAUUGGAAUGAAGACGCUAGAGCCUGAUUCCAUCUCCGACUUGACCAUCCGCAUCUGUCUUCGCCGGCCUGGAUUGCAUUGAGGCACGUUCUGUCGCAAGCAUUCUCUCCAGCCACCGUAACCAAAAAAUCGUGCCCUAUCCAUACUCAAGAACGUGCGAAACGACCUUCUUUGUCCAGCCGAGCGUCUCCGCAGCGCAGCAGCGCAUACACAAGGAAUAAACAACUCUAUACACAUAUACGCUCAUACUCGCCACAAACAUUGCUUACUAGCAUGACCUCGAUGGACCGCCGCUCGCGGUCAACCACCGGAGCCAGCCAGCGUCCGCUCUCCAGAGAUUCCACCGCAAGUAUACAGUCGGCCGCCCCGCGGCUUGUUCGAGCAGACUCUAUGCCGCAGUACGGCGCCCAGGCACAAUACACCACCCAGCAGCAGCACAUGGCUACCAGCCAGCCCCAGCAGUUUGACCACUUCACAGUUAUGCAGACAGUUCCGCAGCCUCAGCCUUUCUCGACGCAUGGCCUGCCCAUGUCAGCUUCCGAUGCGUCGCAGCACCAGCAGUACCACGCCAACCCCAUGCAGAGCCAGAGUGCCAUGUAUCACUCUCACUCGUUGCAGGCCUUUGGCACGCAGCAGCCUGCCGUCGAUCCCCAGUAUGCGGCCUCCGUUGGUGCUCAGAACGUGCACGGCGUGCCGACGCCCGACAUGGACGACGGAAAGAAGCGCGGUGGCGCUGCGUCAACCCAGUCGAAUGAGAAGGAGCUCCGCGAGGCGCUGGAGAAGAACAUGCACCGCUCGCUCAAGGACGUCGCCGAGGAGGUGCAGGCCUCGGAGCGAACUUCACGUGCGGAGAAGACGAAGCAACUAUUUGCCAUGCUCUGGCUCCAAAGCUCGUGUGAGACAGCGAAGACGUCGGUGCCUCGCAGCAGGGUUUACGCUAGCUACGCAGAUCGAUGCGCCACUGAGCGUGUGCAGCCGCUCAAUCCGGCCUCGUUCGGCAAGCUCGUGCGCAUUAUUUUCAAAGGUAUCCAGACGAGACGGUUAGGUGUUCGCGGAGAGUCCAAAUACCACUACGUUGACCUCGCCCUCAAGAGCGAAAAAGAUCGCGAAGACGAUGGCUUUGGCCGCAGCUUCUCGGGCCACGAGCCACGCUCUCCCAAGUCCAUGUCACUCGACUUUGGAAACGUCCCGCAUCUGCCGGCCAACUCCAAUGUGUUUGCCGCAGAUGGAUCCCCAGUCGCCUCACCCGAGCUGGCUCCGAGGCGAGACCUGGAUCAGGUAGACGGUGCCGUCUUCGCUGAUCCGUUCAGUGCAGAGUACCGGUCGAACUUUCCCUUCUCACAGACGUAUCCGCAGCAGCUGCGCUUCCCGUCACCCGAAGACGAGAUAAUAUCAGACGAGGUUGAGCUGCCCAGCCUACGUCCGUAUGCGCCGGAGAAGGCAGAUGAAGACGCAGCCGACGCGCUCGUCGCUCUUUACCGCUCGCACUGCACCUCGCUUAUCGAGUACUUCAAAAAGUGCAAGGAGAAACAGUUCUGGCGCACCUUCACCAGCUUCCAGGGCACCCUGACCGUGCCUGUUCAGAAGCUGCUGACCACACCAUCAAUGGCGGCUUGGAUCCGCGAGUGCGACUAUUACAUGUACCAACGCAUGCUGACUUUUAUCGCACGCAUCGCUCUGCAGGUCUUGCCUGCGCCCGCGCUGGUCUUCUUCGGCACAAUUUCUCAGAAUUUACACGCGCACAUUGUGAAAACAUUCUCCGGCCUCCCGCUGCACGUUCUUGAGGCGCGUCUUGAACCUGCAACCCGCUUUUGCGAGCUCGUCAACCGCAUGAUCAAGGUCAACAACGCCGCCCAUGCAGCUUCCCAAGUGCUCGAGCUGGGACAGCAUCGCGACCAGCUGCACCACGAGUGGCUGAUGUACAUCAAUCCCAAGCGCCUGAUGGAGGGCGAGCUACCUGGAUGCGGCUACGAGCAGACAUUCAAAAUCCUCACUGAAGACAUGGCACGCAUUCUGCGACCCCUUGCGCCGCAGUCGCCAGCAACGUACGAAGACGGGCUUCCCUUUCCAAACUCUGAAGCACAGGGCGAUACUGCAGAUAACUACAUCGACCGCAUCGACGCGCUUCUGCGCUCGCUGCCGCUGCGAUUCCCCGGUGCGUCUGCCCGCACUAUAGUCGACUGUGUAAAAAAUCUUGGAACGGCUGCCAUGCGCGAAUUUACAAUGCAGGGCGCCAAUACGUUCCACGCCUGGUGGAUUGUCAAAGUCUUCAUCGAUGAGUACAGCCAAUGGCUUGUCACCAGCGGCGGCUUUUUGGCGCACCGACCUGUUCGUCGAGGUCAUUCGUCGCCGGCACUUUCGAACAUGGCCGGCUCUGUGGCUAACGGUGCGCUCGAGAGCAGUGCAGAGGCUAGUCGGCACUCGAGCGCGGCGCCAGACGCAAGCUCGUCCGCUCCACCCGCCUCUACAGGACUUGGUGCUGUGGGAAUGAACAAAGGCGCUGACGAGAUGAUUUCCUCUACCACUAUUUCCGUCAACACCCAUAGCAUGGGCAGCCUGCGAAAACGUCGCUCGGACGAGUCCUUCAGCGCUGACCACCAUGAUACGGCAGAUCAAUCUGCUGUUACGAAAAGAUUACGACUCACUCCAGACGACAAGCCUGGAGAUGCACCUUCUUUCGAGCCACCGCACCCCAGCUUCGCAACCACGAGCUUCGGUUCGCUUCCCGGCGCCACUUCUGGAGUCGACACGAAGGGAGACGAGGUGACCGAGUUCGAGGACAGCGGCAUCGGACUGGGUCUUCUCGAAGAGUCCGGCCUGCAUGCACCUUCCAAUGCGAAUACGGGGAGGGGCGUAGUAGUGUGAGCUCUCCACCUUCUCUCUCUCUGCAUCUGUCUUUGUUCUCUCUCUCACACUCUCGCACAUGCGCUGCUUCACUAACGCACUGACUUAACCUCCCCCGCCCCACUAUCUCUCGCUUCGCACGGGAUAAAGGAAAUGAGCAUGAUAGACAAGAAGGAACGACUGUUUAUGAAGUGAUGUCUAUGAAUUGCAUGUCGCAAUGGCCGCGUGGUUUGGUGGAUAUGCCCGGAAAGGAUUAAAAAAAGGAACCAACACUGCGUGACAUAUUCAAAGGUUUGGGUGGCUUGCUUGUUUGUCCUUGUAUUUUUGUUCUCUCUUCUUUCGUUUUGAACCUUUUAAUCGAUCAUUAUUUGGAGCGGGAGGGCGGGAGGAAAGAGCUCCUGCAUUAUUGUAUACCCGAACCUUACUCGUACCACUUGUUCUUGGCCCCGGGCAUACCACAGAUUUGCUGGCGAGGCUCUCUUGGACGACUCGGAACCGUUUCUUCCACCGCAGAGAGCUGGGCAGGGAGAGCUUUUGGUCUUGUACAUAUUCAUCGGUACUUCGCCCUUUUUAUUUCUUUGCCCUUCCUCUCCUUUUUCCUCUUGCGCCUUGUUCGGGCCAGGCUCUGGGGAAGUGGACCUAUGUCCACCUUCGAAGCGAGAAACAGGCAUUGGGUUCUCGGCGCGACGAGCGCGCCUCGGAUGGCGUUUGUAUGGCACCUUUUUGGGUCUCCCCGCGAGUUCAAGUGUGCAGCGGCAUUGCGACCCGCGGCUCCUGUUGCUACUCCCCCGUCGCUGCUAUGCUCUGUAUGUAGUUCAUGCUACGGGCUGAGAAUGAGAAGAGAGACUCGUUUGUUU